ACAAUAAACCACCACAACUAAUCUCACCAAUCUAUACCAUUUUGUCAAACAUAACAUCUCAUUUUCCUUUUUGAACUUACCUUCCAACACUUUCAUUCCACCAAGAGUCACAUGUAAUAAUACUAUAACUCUGUUUCCAAAUACAAAUCCUAUUCCACCCUUUUUCCUCAUUCAUCUCUUCAUCACCAUUAAUCAACAAAAAUGAAUCUUGGAGAGCAUAUUGCUUAUGACACAAUCAUGGUUAUUCUAUCAAUAUCUCUGAUAAUUCUUGGUAUUAUCCUCUAUUUGGCUUGCAAGAAGAAACCGGUUGAAUCAGUAGAAACACUUCCGGUGAAACACAGUGCUCAUGCAUACCCUUUAACAGAAAUUGAUGUUGCUACAAAUGGCUUCAACAAUAGGAGAAUCAUUGGAAAGGGCCGUUUAGGAACAGUUUAUGCAGGAAAACUAGAAAAUGAAGAGGUUGUAGCUGUGAAACGCAUUCACCCGGUUCUUGUGUUAAGCAACGCGGGAUUUGGAUUCUCAUCAGUUAUGAAAUGGCUCUCUUUAGCUCAACACCCUAACGUCAUUCCCAUAAUUGGAUUCUCAGAAGCUCCAGGUGAAAGACUUAUAGUGAUGGAGUUUGUUCGAAUGGCGAAUUUGGAAUUUUACUUGCAUGAAAAUCAUGAUGGUGGUUCUUCUUCACUUUUGGAUUGGAACAAGAGAUUUAAGAUUGCAGCUGGAGUAGCUAAAGGGCUACAAUAUCUACAUGAAGUGGUAGCACCAAAUAUUGUACAUGGUUGUGUUAAGUCAUCUAAUGUUCUUAUUGAUGUUAAUUUUUGUGCUAAGAUAUCUGAUUAUGGACUUAAUUUUUUGGGGGGUGUAGAAAAGAGAGGGUUAAUUGGUUAUGUUGAUGAUGAAUAUUGGAAUGAAGGAUUAAGGGGUGGUAGUGUUUGUAAGGAAAGUGACGUUUAUGGUUUAGGGGUUGUUUUGUUAGAGCUUUUAAGUGGAAGAAGAUGUGAGGGUGGAUUAUUAGUGAAAUGGGCUUUGCCUUUGAUUAAGGAUAUGAGAUUUAGUGAAGUUUUGGAUCCUAAAUUGAUUAUUCCUUCUAAUAUGAAGGCUAUUGUUAGAUUAGCAAAAGUUGCUUCAGCUUGUGUUGGUAAUUCAAGAAAAUGUAGGCCUUGUGUGAAUCAUGUGGCAAACAUUUUGAAUGAUUUAGAGACAGAAGUGUGCCUCUUAUCAAGUUGAUAUUUGAGCAAAAAAUGGCCUUCAAUUUUGUACAAAAACUUCUACCUCUAGGUCAAUCUCAAUUGUUGUUAGAGUUUCAAACAAUCUAAGGUGGAUUACAUAUUAAAAAGGUCCACUUAGAAGAAUUUGUCUAUACUUUAUAUUAUACUUUUUAUAAUUAAGUGAGAGACUUAUGUUUUUUUUUAAUAAAGUGAGAAUUUGUCUA